AAUGUGGCACAUCAUAACACACUGAUCCCUGACGCAAUGUUUCUGCUCAAGUCUCUGUUCGCGCUCGCGGUUGCCUGCGUAUUCGUGCAAGGUAUUCCUACCACCACCACCACUGGUGGUGACGUUGCUUAUGAGUGGGAGCACUUUAAGGCCGUGUACGGAAAGCGCUAUGAACCAGAAGAGGAUGCACAGAGGAAGGCUUUGUGGGAAGCGAACGUAGAAAUUAUUCGACAGCACAAUGAAGAGUAUGCGAUGGGGCUUCACACUUACACCCUGGGCAUCAACCGCUUCUCGGACCUUGCACCGGAAGAACACGAAAGCUUUCUCGGUUGUUAUUACCAGCCACUCCAAACCGAUGCGAACGCAAGGAUUCACGUACGUAAUCCAGAGGAUGUUCUACCAGAGGAGGUCGACUGGAGGAAGGAAGGCUACGUGACGGCUGUCAAAGAUCAGGGGACCUGUAGCUCUUGUUGGGCCUUUUCAUCCACGGGGGCGAUGGAAGGGCAGCACUUCAGGCGCACGGGAAAUCUUGUGGCUCUCAGCGAGCAGAACUUAGUUGACUGCAUGUACGGCGGCGAAGGAUGCACCGGCGGAGACUUCGUCGACGCUUUCGAUUACGUACGUGGCAACGGGGGAAUUGAUACCGAGGCAUCAUAUCCGUACGAGGCAGUGAAUGCCACCUGCCGUUAUGAUGCCGAAAACAUCGGAGCUACAGUGAAAGGCAGCGUUGAAAUCAAGGCCGGCAGCGAGGAGGACCUGUUGCAUGCUGUUGCAACGGUGGGACCAGUCUCAGUUGCUAUGGAGGUGCUGCCCAACUUUUACAGCUACACGGGCGGCGUUUACCAGAAUAGGAACUGCUCAUGUGAAAUUGCUCAAGUCAACCACGCUGUUCUGGCCGUGGGCUACGGCACAGAAGACGGCACCGACUACUGGCUGUUAAAGAACAGUUGGAGCGAAGAAUGGGGAGUGAAGGGUUACUUCAAACUGGCCAGGAACAAGGACAAUAUGUGCGGCGUCGCCACACAUGCUGCUUAUCCUCUCGUCUGACCCUCCCCCUAAAUGAUUAGAGAAAUAAACUGUGUGAUUUCUGUCUUUUUUUCA